GGAAGUAUCAAUACCGGAAUUCUUCAAACAAAUUACACCCUUGAAAACCAUCAAUAUGAACCUGACCGCCCAUCUUCUGGACCUCAUGCUGAAGGCUUCCAACCUCUCUCGCUGGCAGUUCAUCCAGGAAUACUCCAUUCCUCCGUUGGUUGCUGUGCCCAGACUCCCUAGUGCCCUGCUUCCGGUUUUUGGCCUGCUCUACAUGCUCAUCUUUGGGUUUGCGGUGGUGGGUAACGGGGCGGUGCUGGUUCUCUUAUGUCGCAAGAAGGCUCUGCAAUCUCCCAGCACCUUUUUCAUUUGCUCUCUGGCACUCAGUGACCUUCUGAUAUCCAUAGUGUGCGUUCCUGCCACACUGUUGCAGCACUUCUUCACCAACUGGUUGGCAGGAGAUUUUCUCUGCAAGCUAAUACCAUUCCUACAAGUUACAGCUAUUGCGACCAGCAUGCUCACCAUGACGUGUAUUGCUGUAGAGCGUUUCCAGGGAAUCCUUUAUCCUCUUCAUGUCCGCAACAGCUACUUUCUCUGUCAUGCCUUCAAGAUGCUGGUGGCCGUGUGGUUGGUUGCCCUGGCAAUCGCGGCUCCCAUGUGGUUUGUCCAGAAAGUGGAGGUGAAAUAUGACUUCCUGUUUGAUGUCCACUACACCUGUUGUUUGGAAGUCUGGCCAAGCCAGCGGCAGAGGAGAGCCUACACUACCUGCCUGUCCGUGCUGGUGUUCCUGGUCCCCUUGGCGACCAUGGCCAUCCUGUACUGGAAAAUCAUGCGAGAGCUCUGGGGCAAACACAAAGUACAUGACGUUAUGUUUCAAACACUUCCGGGAUCUGAAAUCAACAAGAUUACCAGGAGGAAGAAGCGUGCAAUAAGAAUGAUGGCCACCGUGGUGCUGCUCUUUGCUUCCUGCUGGGCACCUUUCCAUCUGGUCUCCCUCCUGCUUGACUAUGGUCAGCUGGACCUUGAUCUUGACUCUGAGUUUCUCCUGGUCAGUGUGGUUCAGAUCCUGGGAUUCAGCAACUCGGUGUGUAACCCGUUGGUUUAUGCCGCCCUCAACACCACCUUCAAGAGGGACCUGCUGGCUCUGCUCACCCGAGGAUGGAGCUCCGGCGGAAGAGGUUGCUGCUGGAGCAAGUGUUCCUGUUGGUCCUGGACGAGUCACAAACGAGUGGGCAUAUCAACAGUGGAGUCAGUCGAACCCAGACGGGUCCUGGAGACGACAUCUAGACAAAGAGAGAUCAGGUCAUGGAGUAAACCAGCAUGGGAAGCUGAACCAGAGAGGCCUGCGUCUAACAUGUUUCCCCCCAUGAAUCUUCUUAGUGCCAUCAGAUCCAAAAAGACCUCCAGUACCAUGAUACUUAGCAUCAUUGACCCUCCACACACAGACAGCACGUCUAGUUCUGACCAGCCUCUCACAGCGAUACUGGGAAAGUGAACUCGCUGACUUCAAGAGUUUUAAACCAUCUCAAAUUCACAACUAUAGUCUUUUUGCUCUCGAAAUUUCUCCCACAGCUAAUGAUGUGGAUUCAACCACCUGCAGGUCCCAGUUUUCAGACCUUUGAAGGAUGUUUUUGCAUUUGGAGCUCGGUUAAUACUCCACGAUAAAGGUGGGAGCGAGUCACCAAUAAAACAAAUUGAGAUGUUUUUGAAGUGCUUCCAGUUUUUGAGCUUCUGAAGAACAGCUACAGUACGUCAUUAGUUUCGGUUCACUCUGAGAAGAUCGUUUAUUUGUGCAUCUUUCCUAGACUAUGGUAAUUCUUUUCUUGCUGGACUGGAUUAUUUGCAGAAUAAUGUCUUUUAAUGUCAGUUUGUGGAGAGCA